AUGGCAGAGUCAAAGCAGCUGUGGGUGCAGAAGGUAGUGGACACCAUGGUGAAAGCACUGGAGCAGGAGAAUAUCUGUAAGAUGCCAGGUACCAUGUUCCAGUGUGGUGCCAGCUACUGUAAAGAUACCCAGGCCUCCAUAAAGCAGGUUCAUCAGUACUUUGAACCCUGCCAUGCUCCCUUGGCCCAGGCACAGGCCCUUGUGACCAGCAAACUAGAGAAAUUCUAGGACCACCUAGCUCAAUGUACCAUAUAAUGCAAUGUCAAAGCCAAAAACUUGAUGGAUUCUGGGAGCAAGAAGCAGCAGGUGAAGAGGGAGCUAGAGUUCUGUGUGACCAAAUGUGUUGAUGACCACAUGCGCUUCAUCCCCAACAUGACCAAGAAGAUGAAGGAUUCCCUGGCAUCUAUUGCAAAAGACAGUCAUUGUCAGUAG